UUCUUUUAACGGAUAAUGGUGGCACAAAUCUAAUAGGUAGAAACGUUUCUCUAUCGUCAAGUUCACGGAAAAACGAUUGAAUCUAGGGUUUUGUGAUUAUCGGAGAGAACGAGAAAAAUGGAAGGUCCGAUCAACGGAGGAAUGUUGUACCACGAGGUACAAGAGUCGAAACUGUGUGCCGUCCAUUGCGUCAACACGGUGUUGCAGGGACCUUUCUUCUCCGAGUUCGAUUUGGCUGCUCUGGCCUCUGAUCUUGAUCGGACGGAGCACCAGAUGAUGUUGGAAGGAUCCGCCGCUUCCGGAGGAGAUGCUUUCCUGUCGGAGGAGUCGCAUAAUGUCUCUAUGGAUGGCGAUUUCAGUAUCCAGGUUCUACAAAAAGCAUUAGAAGUGUGGGACCUACAAGUAAUCCCCCUCCACAGUCCCGUAGCCGAACCCGCACAAGUCGACCCGGAACUCGAAAACGCGUUCAUCUGCCAUCUCCAAGACCACUGGUUUUGCAUAAGAAAAGUCAACGGCGAAUGGUACAACUUUGACUCCCUAUACGCAGCCCCCGAACACCUCUCGAAAUUCUAUCUUUCCGCUUACCUCGACACCUUAAAAGGCUUCGGAUGGAGCAUUUUCUUAGUCCGUGGGAACUUCCCUAAGGAAUGUCCCAUCACCUCUGGUGAAGCCUCUAACGGCUACGGACAGUGGCUGUUGCCGGAAGACGCUGAAAGGAUUACCAAAUCCUGCAAUUCCGGCAACCGCCACCAACAACACCACCGCGACCCACCCACUCCGGUCGCGGUGGAAGAUGAUGAUUUGAAUGCGGCCAUUGCCGCUAGUUUGAGGGAGAAUAGCGGCGGUGGUGGUGAGGUUGGGAUCUCUGGGAACGACGAUGAUGAUUUGGAGGCUGCGAUUGCUGCUAGUUUGGCGGUGAAUAAUGUUGCACCGCCUUCGCCGGUGACGUUGGCUGUGCCGGCGGCGGCGGCUGGUUGUGGAGGUGCGUCGGAAAGCGAAAGUAAGGAUAGCGGGUUACAAGAUAAGUGACGGGAGAGUUGGAUGUAGAAAAAAGGUAUGAAAGAGUUGUGUUUUGUUGGUUUUAACUGUGUGCAUUACACACACUACUUUCAUUGGAAAAGUUUUUUUUUUUUUUUUUUUUUUUUUUUUUUUUUUUUUUUUUUUGAACAUUUGGUUUGUUGUAAAGACAUGUGAAAAUUUGUUUUACUUUUGGUUCAUGAAAGUGUAAAGACGUUGGGUUAAGAAAAUAAGGUGGAGUAUUACUGAAUUUUUGUGUUCUUUAUUUGCAUAUGUAUUAAUUUA